AUGGAAUCUCACAGAAGGGACGUCCCCGGUAACUUGGAAGAUGAAAACACGAGCGGAGCUUGUGCAACUUCUCCGACACCUUCACUACCAUCUGAUAUGGACAACAACGAUACGGUAUGCGCCCCGAAAGAGCAUUCCUCUUCGUCUUCAAAGCCGUUAUCAAUUCCCAAAUUCCACAGUCUGAUAAAAAUGCGUCAGAAGCUACUAAGGCGUCUGAAACAGCUGGAAGAACGUGAGGUGUGCUUUGACGAUGAGGCAAAGGAGUUGUUCUACAUCAACAAUGAGCGCAAGCUGAAGAAGGCGAUUUUGGAUAUAGAAAGGACACUUCAUAAGCAUGGUGCACUAGAAGAUCUCGAUGAGAACUUACAAGCAUUUCACAACGGUAAUGCUUCUGUGGAAAUAUCAAUUAUGGACACUGGCAACGAGUUUUUGAAUCAAAGACUCAACAAGCUGAUCAGUCAGAAAAACUUGAAAAAGGAGAAAACUGUCACUCCCUCCUUCGACGAAUUGAGAGAUUUAAUGUGCGAACUUCGAGAAGAACAAGGAUCAGCGUCUGGAAUCCCCGACCCCAUUCUGGAGAAUGAGGCAUUUUUGGAUCGCUUGGAAAACAUCGCUUUCGUAACUGUGCGGUCUCAUCAAAACUUCAUCAGCACUCAGUUUCUGGAGAAUGUAGAUUUGUAUGUACCCGAAGAAGAUCGUCCCCGUUGUUCUAAACUACCUGAGCUCAACACGGAUAUGGAAAAGCUCUUGUCCGCUAGUGGAAGCGCUUCAUGUCUUCCGGACGAGAUAUUUCGUAUGGAAAUGAAAGUAGCUGGGAGGCAAGAGUUGGCAGAUAGCCAAGGAAGCUCCGCUAUUCAGGACGAGAUUGACUUGAUGUUAAACGGAGAUGCUGAUUCUGGACGAGAAGAUCUGAGUGAUGAUGAGCUUGAAUAUGAUGAAAAUGAUUGUGAUCUUCACGGCUCGUCACCGGGACAGUACUCUCCUUCACAGACUGCUGAUGGUCCUGAACCAACUCGAGAGUCUGAAGAUUUCCCAACACUUUCUGUGGAUUUUGAUUUAGAACGGUUAGAAUCCCAGACUGCUGAUGCAUCCAUCGUGCUACAGGAGACCCGUGUAUUUGCGUCUUCGGUUUUUUCUGAACACGGAUACCGCAACGAAUGCGAGCCGUAUGGAAUGCGAGAUGAGAGGAAGGCUGUCAAGCGUGUUGCGGAAUGGCUCCAAAAUGUAGAACCUGCGAAAAUGGCACUCAUAGAAGUAUCAUCUGAUGAUGACUCGUGCAUGAAUGAGUGUAAUGUAAAUAGUGUAAAGCGUGAACUGCCUGCUACUGAAAACCAAUCUAACGGUGAUCAGCUGUCGGAUUUUAGCGAUAGUGGAGAAAUUGAAUGUCUUGGAGUUUUCCAUCGAUCUCCAGGUAGCGGAGCAGUUUCGAACAGUUCCAAGCAUCGCUGUUCCAAAAAGUCUGCUAACAGCACCAAUAGUCUGUCUUUUGGAAUUGUUGGGUUUGCGACGGAUGAGUUGACACCAGAUGACAUGACAUCGGAAGACGUCUUCUCGUCAGAUGGUUGGCAAGAAACACUGCUGCUAAUGGUGUUGUCAGCGCUGAAGAAAAUGCUAACGAAGAACAGUCGUUCGCUCCUCGGCGGCAUAGAGCAAAUCAGAAGUUUCCUUUCCCGACACGUAUACGAACCUCCCCUGAUCGUCAGAUUACCUGAGGGAAAAGAUAAGAAACCUCUUCCGAUUGAUCAUCGGAGGCCUGUAGUGCUACUGAUUGGAUGGGCUGGAGCGGAGCAUGAGCACCUGGCAAAAUACAGCAGCAUAUAUAAUGAACAAGGAUACCGGACAAUUGCUUUCAUUGCACCUUGUUAUCGUUAUACCGUACCUAAUGCGCGUUGCGGUUUUUAUUUAUCGCCAGUUCUGCGAGGUAUUGAUGCCAAACCAGGCAAUUUCGAGAGCUUCAGGCACUGUCCAUUGGUCUGCCAUAUAUUUUCGAUGAAUGGUGUUCGCUCGCUUAUAUCAAUGUGGAAGUGGACAGAAGCGGAACAAGUUACGUAUCUUCGCAAGAGAAUCAAAGGAAUCAUCUUCGACAGUGCACCAGCACGGACUUCUGCUGGUCCAGAUUCGCAUGCUGUCGUAGACUCAACGCCGCCUAUUGAAGGAUUGGAAUGGGUUAGUAAAGAGACGAGACGGAAAUUCAUAAAGUUGGCAUUUCAUAUCAGGAAGGGGACAGCGCACUCUUUCUCAACAUUGUAUCCCCCUCUGCGUUCUCAACUUUCUAUGUAUUAUUACUUAAUGGAGUGUGUGGAUCUGCCCCAAUUUCAGCUUUAUCUCUAUUCACACGAGGAUAAAUGCGUGAAAUCUAGAUACGUGGAGUGGUUUUUGGAGCACGAAAGAGAGUUGGGCAAAGACGUCGAAGAAGUUGUUUUCGAGGGGUCAGAACACGUGCAACACUUCCGCAAGUUCCCUGAACAGUAUCGCUCCGCAUGCUUGGAAUUUCUGCGUAAAAUCGAGGAUUUGAAGUCGUGA